AUGGGGUCACUGUCCCUGACAGCGCCGGGCCAGGCCCUCAUGUCACGGGAGGAGUUUUUCAGAGGAAUUCCCAGCCACAGCCCGUGUGUCUGGUGUCAGCAGAGAAAAACAGAAACAGGAAAAAAUGUGAUUCUUGCGCAGGAAAGUUGGAGCACAGAUAGUUCAGAAGUGGGCGGGUGUGUGUGUGUUUAAAAAAAAAAAAAAGGGUGGAAACCCCACCAGCCAAGUACGCAGGAAAAAAUAAAUGAAGUCUGCCUAUCUCCGGGCCGGAGCCCCUCCCCUCGGCCCGCGCCGAGUGUGACCCAGGUGCCGCUUCCUCCCGGCCGCUGAGGGUCAAAGCCGGCGAGCGCGCCCCUCCCCGCGGCUGGUCCCGUCCCCGCCGCCCCUGCCCGGGCUGGCGCCCCUGGACCGUCGGCGAUGAGCAGCCUCAAUAGCACGCCGCCGCCUCCCCGCGAUGAUCCUGACCCAGUAGCCCACAGCGUAACGGACAUCGCCAUCAUUGCAGGUGUGAUUGCUGCGGUGGCCAUCGUCCUGGUCUGCCUUCUCCUUGUCAUGCUACGUUACACAUGUCGGCACAAGGGCACAUACCACACCAAUGAGGCCAAGGGCACCGAGUUUGCUGAGAGUGCGGACGCAGCCCUGCAGGAUGACCCUGCCCUCCAGGACGUUGGUGGCAGCAGCAGAAAGGAGUACUUUAUCUGAGGAGCACUGACCUCAGCUCCCCAAACGCCUCCGCAGGCUCCAUCAAGGAAGAUGCACCCCACCGCCCACUGGCACUCCCAGUACCACCUCCCAGGACUGCAAGAGCAUCCUGCCUCUUCCUGAGAGCCACACCUCAGAACACUGGGUGCCUGCCCAGGCAGAAGAGCAGGGGACUCCAGCUACAUGAGGCCUCUCCCAGGACCCAGGGAGGCAGUGGCAAUUCUGAAAGGCUUGCCUUUGCUCCACCAAAGAGGGGUGAAGUCUGGGCACACAGGUCCCCCUGGGCAGUCCAGGGUGUCACCUCAUUGGUGGGAAAGUCCUUGCUGAGGGUGAACAGGGUGCAUGGCCCUGGGGGCUGGGGAAGCAAGGAGGUGAGUCAUCGGUUUGCUGCCUGGGGAUAAUGGCAUCAAAUGUCAGUCCUUGACAUUUGGGGGAAACAGCAGGUGCCAGAGCUAAAAGGUACCUUUGUCUCCCAUUGAUACAGCUUGAAACGAUUGGAAAUAAAUUUGAAAUGUAACC